AUGCUUUUAACCUCCUCAAAGCCGAGCUCCGGCUUGACUUGCCUGGUUUCACAAAAGAUAUCGAGGAAGACGACAGCAAAAUUGUAUCUACUAAGAACUUUUUUCCAGUUGAUAAGUGAGGGUUUUCUGAUGUUGAUUCCGACGAUUAUAGAAAUUGGGGGUUUAAUGGCGGAUGUGAUGCUGAUUCGAACAAGGGCAUCUUGGUUGUGGAUUCUAUUUUUGACAACAUUUACAAGCAAGGGAUCAUGCCAUGGAUACUACAUCUCAAGCUCUUUGAUCUCUAAGAUGUUGUUGACUGCAACACAUCCUUUGUUGCUUACAUCAAGAAGGCUUUAUGGAAGUGGAUAUGGCAAUGUGGUGUGGGUUCAAAUGUCACUAGCUUUUUCACUCAUUCAAAAGGACUUUCAUCUAUUUCUCAUUAGAGACUCAGUUUCCCAAAUCCCUUGGAGCGUUUAA